AUGGCAGCGGGUGAGACGCAGCUCUACGCCAAGGUCUCCAACAAGCUCAAGGGCCGAAGCACCUCCUCGCUCCUGGAGCCUCUGCUGGCCAUGGGCUUCCCAGCACACACCGCGCUCAAAGCGCUGGCAGCUACCGGCAGGAAGACGGCAGAAGAGGCAUUGCAUUGGCUACACUGCCACUGCAACGACCCUUCUCUGGACGACCCCAUCCCUCAGGAGUACGCCCUCUUCCUCUGUCCCACGGGGCCCCUGCUGGAAAAGCUGCAGGAGUUCUGGAGAGAGAGCAGACGCCAGUGCACCAGGAACAAAGCCCACGAGAUCUUCCCCCACAUUACGCUCUGCGACUUCUUCACGUGUGAAGAUCACAAAGUGGAAUGCCUGUACGAGGCGCUGAAGAGAGCAGGGGACCAGGUCCUGGGCUCCUUCCCCACCACAGUUCCACUGGUCCUGCACUCCUCCGUCAGCUACCUGGGCUUCUUCCUCAAUGACAGCCCCGCAGAUGUCAUCCGGGAAUUCGCCAUGGCGUUCGCCACGGAAGCAUCCAUCUUAGCAGACUGCAGUGUGAAGCCCUGCACCAAGCAGCUGCACCUCACGCUGGCCCACAAGUUCUACCCCCACCACCAGAGGACCCUGGAGCAGCUGGCCAGAGCCAUCCCGCCAGGCCCCGGCUGCCAGUGGACAGCCGCACUGUACUCCAGAGACAUGCGCUUUGUACACUACCAGACCUUGAAGGCCCUGUUCCAGUAUAAACCUCAGAACGUGGAUGAGCUGAUACUAAACCCUGGCGACCACAUCUUUGUGGACCCCAGCCAGCAGGAGGAAGCCAGUGAAGGCUGGGUGAUUGGGAUCUCCCGGCGCACGGGCUGCCGGGGCUUCCUGCCGGAGAACUACACCGAGCGAGCCAGUGAGGCUGACACCUGGGUGAAGCACAGGACGUACACCUUCAGCCUCACCGUGGACCUGAGCUCCAGAAGGGACGGUGAAGCCAGCAGGCGGAAUGGAGAGUUCCACCCUCCACGGACUUCCAGGGUCGUUAGCAGUGUGCAAGCUUUGCAGGCCACGAUCCUGAGAAGAAGUGUUUUGGUGGUGCGCCACGGGGAGCGAGUGGAUCAGAUCUUUGGGAAGUUGUGGCUGCAACAGUGUUCCACUCCGGAUGGGAAAUACUACAGACCAGACCUGAAUUUCCCCCGCAGUGUGCCCAAACGGAGGAAUGGCAUCAAAGACUUUGAAAAUGACCCACCACUAUCAUCCUGUGGAAUAUUCCAGUCCAGACUUGCAGGAGAAGCGCUGCUGGACAGCGGCAUCAGCAUCACCUCCGUCUUCGUCUCCCCAGCCCUCCGCUGUGUGCAGACGGCCAAGCACAUCCUGGAAGAACUCAAAUUGGAGAGAAAAAUUAAGCUCAGAGUGGAACCUGGGAUCUUUGAGUGGACAAAGUGGGAGGUCGGCAAAACCAUCCCCACCCUCAUGACCCUGGAAGAGCUGAAAGAGGCAAAUUUCAAUGUGGAUACUAAUUACAGGCCAGCAUGCCCGGUCUCCUCCCUGAUCCCAGCGGAGAGCUACGAUGACUAUGUGGACAGGUGUGCCAUGAGUGUGGAGCGGAUCAUCAGCACCUGUUCACAGGACCUGGGUGUCAUCCUGAUUGUGAGCCACGGCUCGGCGCUGGACUCCUGCACUCGGCCCCUGCUCAGACUGCCGUCCCGCGAGAGUGGGGACUUUGCCCAGCUGGUGAGGAAAAUCCCUUCCCUGGGCAUGUGCUUCUGUGAAGAAAAUAAGAAGGAAGGAAAAUGGGAGUUGGUGGAUCCGCCUGUGAAGACACUGACUCAUGGGUCCAAUUCAGCGUUUAACUGGAGAAACUGGAUCCUGGGCAGCUAAGAACCAAGUUUCUGGUGUCAGGGAUUUCAUAACAAAAAGAUGAAAUGUCUUGACAGAGGUUGUAAAGUGGAGUUGUUUUGAAGGUGUUUUUGUCAUACCUAAUGUGAUUUACAGAAGCACAAAAUGCACUUUGAUAUCCCCGAAGGUUUGCCACCUGCUUUUACCUCUUCCAUGCCCACCUGGGGGGCC